AAAAUUGAAACAUGGAAAAAGAAACAAAAAUAUUCUGUUUUGAUUCACUGCUAGACGUUACUGUACGGUGUUGGAGAAUCAAUGGAAUCAACAGGAGACGGAUCAGUGAGGCUUAUGAGCCAUCUCGAAGCUUCCUACCACAAGACAGCGGGCCAAUGUUGCAUAGAAGUCCAUCUGGGGCAAAGCGGAAGAUUCGGCAGAAGAGGGAAGAAGCGUCCCGCCCGUCUCCAUUCCUCUCCCCAUCAAGUUCAUCAUCUCAAACUUCGAUAUCUCCGACACCAACAGAAACAUCUUCAAAUUAUCGAUCACUCGUAGAUUCAGGAGAUUAUCAAUCGAUUCUUCCGGAUUUCGACCCAUCAUUUGUACCUGUGCCAACUCCUAGACUCUCCGUGCCAUUCUCAGCUUCAAUGAGCACAUUGGAACUCUCUUCAAGCACUCUCAGCUCACCAGUGACCGCUCCGGCGCCACCUCCACCGCCAACUUCUAAACCCACUGUUGAGGUCCACCCAAUGCCAACUGAUGAGCGCAGCCCAUCGAUGGCUUCUUCUUUGAACGGAUCAAUUGAUAUCGACAUUUACAAGCCAAAGCCUCCAGUGCCAAUUAAGCCAAAGGGUCUGAGAAUUGAUCAUUUAAAUAGAUCAACAUCAAUGACGUCACUCUCCUCUCCAUCACCAAUCCAACACACCACAUCUUCAUUCCUUAACAACUUCAUGCCAACUCCAUCACUUAUAAAUCUUCAACAAGGAUACCGUAACCCAGAUCUCGGAUCCCAAGAUUUGGCACGUUUGGACGCUUCUCGUCAUGAGAGUAUUCAAAAAGUCAGCCGUAAGCUUAGUACUUAUGAGGAGGAGAAGAAUCUCAUUGAGAAUGAGUUGGAGGAGAUCGAAAGAACCGGAGCUCGCCUACUAUCAAUUGUCGAACAAAAAGACAAUUUCUUGGCUUCAAGGAUCCGUAGAUUUAUGGAAAAAAGCAAGGAAUUGGUUGGAAUUGAGACACUACUCAGAUUGCAAUUAAAUAAGCAUAACGAACGAAUUAAGGAUGGCCUUAUUGAUAUUAGCGCCGCCCGUGGCGAGGAGUCGUAUCUGCAAAAAAGAUUCAAGGAUACAGACUUUUUGAGAAAAAUCAGCGCUCGGAGGGAAAUUGAUUAUGAUAAGGAAUUGUCUGAAAUCUUCACCGACGAUCAAUUCCAUCGAUGGGUCAUGUUCAAGAAAGCCACGUUGCAGCUGCUUCAAACCGAAUCCUCAGUCUCCUACUACAUUCGGGAAUCCAAUGCGAAACUCGAUGCGUUGCAUCUUGCGCCACGUGGCACAAGUGCCUAGAUUUUUUGAAAUUUGCAAAUUUUCAAAAAAUAAACAGUGAAUUACGGGUCAAAUCUUGGUUUUCCCCCUCGCCCCAACAACCCCUCCACACAUUCUCAGACAUUUUAUUUCAAGACUUGUUUGCCUUCUCCCGAAUAAUUGUCAAAUUUUCAUAUUUUUUUUUUUUGUUUUUUUGUACAAAUAAAAUAAAGAAAAGUGAAA